GUUAGUACCUCUACUUGGCCACACUGGCGUGCAGAAAAAAUAAAACAAACUCUUGUAAAAAAGCAUCCGCAAAUGUUUUCUAGUGCAGCUCACAGCGUUUAAUUAAAAGUAAUUUUCCUAAUUGAUGGCUAGAGUUUGUGAGCGUAUGGAAUGCUGAAUGUGUUUCGCCAGCAGCAUAAUCGAAGCGCACAGGAAGUUAUUUAUAGCGCCGCCGGAUCCGGAUCACUCCUAUCCAGCCACGCCCACGAUUUCGAGCAAAAGCAAGAUGCCAAGGGGGAAAUCCCGAUUGCAAACCGAAGUUUGCGGCGAUUGUGGCGCUGGUGAUCCAUCCUGGGCGAGCAUUAAUAGGGGAAUCCUCCUUUGCGCCGAUUGCUGCUCCGUGCAUCGAAGUCUGGGCAGGCACAUCUCCAUCGUGAAGUCCCUUCGCCAGGGCAACUGGGAACCCUCGGUCCUGAACUUUGUCAACUCCCUGAAUGCCCAUGGAGCCAACAGCGUUUGGGAGCACCAUCUGCUUGAUGGAAGUAGUGGCUCCACCGGGGGAAAGCACCUGCCCCGCUGGCGCAAGCCCUCGCCCAAGGAUGCCCUGCACCCCACCAAAUCCGACUUCAUCAAGGCCAAGCAUGUGAAUUUAACGUUCGUGCUGAAACCAAGCCUCCAGGAUGAUGACGAUGGUAAUGGAUCCGUUGGCAGCCUGGAGCAGGAGUUGAGCAGGCAACUCCAUGCCAGCGUGAGGACCAGCAAUCUGGAGACCUCGCUGCGCUUCUUGGUUCAGGGAGCUGACCCCAAUUACUAUCAUGAGGACAAGCUCUCGACGCCCCUUCAUAUGGCAGCCAAGUUCGGCCAGGCGUCGCAGAUCGAGAUGCUGCUGAUCUAUGGAGCAGAUGUUAACGCUUUGGAUGGCAAUGGGAUGACUCCUCUUGAGUUGGCCAGGGCCAACAACCACAACACCAUCGCCGAGCGGCUGCUAGAGGCCAUGUACGAUGUUACCGACAGGAUCAUCACAUUCCUGGGCGGAAAAAAGCCAGAUCAUGCGAGUGGACGCCACAUGAUUAUACCGGAUGCCAAUGGCUCCGACAUAAGCGAGCAGCUGAAAAUUGCCCGUGGAAAGCUGCAACUCGUGCCAAAUAAGAUGUUCGAGGAGCUGGUCAUGGACCUGUACGACGAGGUGGACCGACGGGAGUGCGAAGCCAUUUGGUCGACGAGCACCUUGAAUGCUGAUCAUGCAACUGUGCCAUUUUUGCCGGCAAAUCCAUUUUUGAGCGCCACGCGCAAUCAGGGUCGUCAGAAAUUGGCACGCUUCAAUCGCGCCGAGUUCACUGGUCUCUUGACCGAUGUGCUUGUCGACGCCAUGAGACGGCAAAACAUGGCCAAUCUGCGUCCGUUGGAUGCGCCACUGCCCGGGCAUCAGUCACUGCAAUCGCUGCCAUAUGCCAACAAUUCGAUGCUGCUCGGUUCGUUCGAGCAGGGCGGUCACGAUCCGAACCUGUCGGAUGAUGAGCCCAUCUACGACCCGGUGGCUAGCGAUGAUGAUUAUGCGCCCGUGCCGCCAAUGGCCCAGCAGGCCAUUGUCCACACGCCUCCGCGCAAUGCGAAUUCGCACAACGAAAUGGAAACGCUGCGAAAACAGCUCAGCGAUUACAAGUCGGAGAUCAAUCAGUUGAAGAACGUGGUGCAGAUGCUGUCCAGCGAAAACUCGCAGCUCAAGUCCAAGUUCUCAAGCGCAUCUAACAACAGCGUCUACGAUGAGCCACUUCGCAUUGAUCUGAGCCUAAGCAGUCCAGAUACGGAGCACGAACCACUUUCGCUGCCUGAGGGUGGGACUGCCAAUGUGGACAGCGGCUCCUCCAAUGACUCCUCGAACCAGUCGACCAUCAAGCGUCCGGCCAGCAUGUACGAGCGUCGUCUGGUUCCCAACGUGGCCAAGGGUCAGACGGAUAUUCGGAAUACGACCAGCAUGUACCAAAUGGCUGGCGAUGGCAAGCCUUUUGGGGAAGAGGUAAAGGUACGCUCGGAUUUAGUCACUCGCUGUCUAAAAGAGCUCAUCCGUGCCAUGCAGCCAGUGCCGGAGGAUCAGAAGCAGUCGAUUGCCCCACAUGGAGAGCUUAUUCGCAGUGCCGUGACUGACUUAAUUGCUCUUUAUGCUAAUUUGCCACCGAAUGCUAGUGACCCGACGCGCGAGACCCUUAAACUGCUGACCCGCCAGAACAUUCUCAUCCAGCACGAGUGCGAGAAUCUGCAGAAGGCCAUCGAGGCGGACGACAAGCAGGCCAUACAGAAAAACACCUUGGAGGUGCGCGACUGCGCCUUCCACAUUGCCAGUGCCAUAAAGACCUUGGUGUUGCAGUUCUAUUGAGGCGGCCAAUACAAGCAACCUAGAAGUUUAACUCACCUUUUUUUAAAGUAUUAACCAACCACUUUAGUGCCCUGCUGACUAACAAACGUGCUUCCGCCAAAUUAAUUUAAAAAUCCCCUUUACAUAUAGUUUAUGUAUUUAAUAAAUGUUUACAUAAAUCAA